AUGAUUCAAAAAGGUCUGAACGCGUGGACGGCGUCGGAGAAUGAUUUCGAUCAACAACUUAUCAUUGACUUGGGGAGCGUGAAGAAUGUCACACGCGUUGCUACGCAAGGUCGGGCCCACUCGCAGGAGUUUGUGCAAGAAUACCAUAUUAGUUAUGGGAGUAACGGCCUCGAUUACGCCCGUUACAAGGCGGCUGGGGGGGAAGUCAAGAUUCUUGGUAAAUUAACAAACAUUCACGGUGAAGGGACCUCAGCAUGGACCGCCAAAGACAGCUCUUACUUCCAAUACGUAACGGGCAACUUGCACAAACGCAAGGAAAUACGCGCUGUGGCCACGAGGGGACGGUUUGCAACCGACGAGUUUGUAUCAGAGUACAUGCUUCAGUACUCUGAUGAUGGAGAGAGCUGGCGGGUUGUGUCUGACCCUGAUGGAUAUGAAAAGAUGUUCGAAGGCAACCACGAUGGUAAUACCAUCGUUAAGAAUGAAUUCGAAGUGCCUAUAAUAGCUCAAUACAUAAGAAUUAAUCCCAUGAGGUGGCGAGACAAGAUUUCAAUGCGAGUGGAACUGUAUGGAUGCGACUACGUCGCUGAUACGCUGUACUUCAACGGCACGUCCCUGGUCAAAGUGGACUUACUCCGAGAUCCGAUAUCCGCAUCGCGCGAAACCGUGCGCUUCCGAUUCAAAACCAGCGCGGCGUCGGGCGCUCUGCUGUACUCCCGAGGCACCCAAGGAGACUUUAUCGCGCUGCAGCUGAGGGACAAUCGGCUGGUGCUCAAUAUAGACCUCGGUUCCGGAACACCUACAUCACUGUCGGUGGGAAGCUUACUAGACGACAACAUAUGGCACGACGUAGUUAUUUCACGGAACAGGCGAGAUCUCAUCUUCUCGGUGGAUCGAGUGGUCGUCCAGGGACGGAUUCGAGGCGAAUUCUCGAGGCUAAACUUGAACCGCGCGUUGUACAUUGGCGGCGUUCCGAAUUCCCAAGACGGCUUGAUGGUGAAGCAGAACUUCACUGGCUGUGUCGAAAAUAUGUAUUUGAACGCCACUAAUGUCAUCUACGAGCUGAAACAGGGUUACGAGACUGGAGAAGCUUUCAAGUAUCAGAAAGUGAACACUCUGUAUAGUUGUCCGGAACCGCCGCUGGUGCCCGUGACGUUCCUCAAGGCGGGCUCCUACGCGAAGCUGCGAGGUUACUCUGGGAGCAAUGCGCUUAAUAUUUCGUUAGAGUUCAGGACGUACGAGAUGCACGGUCUCCUCAUAUAUCACAAAUUUAAGACCGACGGAUACGUUAAGGUGUUCCUAGAAGAAGGUCAAAUUAAAGUGGAGCUAUUCACGGAAGGAUCGCCGAAGGUGAAACUGGACAAUUACGCCGAGGUCUUCAACGACGGCCGCUGGCACUCGUUGAUGCUCACUAUGGCGCCCGACACCUUGGUUUUAUCCCUGAACUAUCGGCCCGUAAAAACUACAAAGAAACUUAACUUCUUUACUGGAAGCAGUUAUUAUAUAGCCGGAGGUAAAUCGGGACCGCGUGGGUUUGUCGGGUGCAUGCGCCGAAUAGCGGUCGACGGCAACUACCGACUGCCGACUGACUGGAAGCCCGAGGAGUACUGCUGCCCCAAUGAAGUCGUCUUCGAUGCUUGCCAUAUGAUCGACAGAUGCAACCCCAAUCCGUGCGAGCACGGCGGGACGUGCACGCAGAGCGCGGACGAGUUUACGUGCGACUGCACCGGGACGGGCUACGCGGGUGCCGUUUGCCACACUUCCACUCACCCGCUGUCGUGCCAGGCGUACGCCAACGCGGCCGGUCUGUCGCGGUCGGCCGACAUCCAGGUGGACGUGGACGGAUCCGGCCCGCUCGCCGCUUUCCCGGUCACCUGUCAGUCGUACUCCGACGGACGGAUCAUCACGGCCGUGAACCACGCGGUAGCGAGCAGCAACAUCGUGGACGGCUACCAAGAGCCGGGCAGUUACAAGCAGGACAUCGAGUACGAUGCGUCGCGUGCGCAGCUCGAAGCGCUAUUGAAUCGCUCCCAUUCUUGUUCCCAACGUCUCGACUACAUGUGCAGGCAUUCCCGGCUCCUGAAUUCACCGAGUGAAGAAUCGAACUUCCAUCCCUUCGCAUGGUGGGUAUCCCGGAGCGGUCAACGAAUGGACUACUGGGCCGGUGCUCCUCCUGGGUCGCGGAUGUGCGCUUGUGGGGUUUUAGGAUCAUGCAAGGAUCCCAGCAAGUGGUGUAAUUGUGACGCAGAACAUCUCAUCAGUGAUAAAGACGAGUUUCAAAUGGACGGUGGCGAUAUAACCGAAAAAGAGUACUUGCCGGUGAAGCAAUUGCGCUUCGGUGACACUGGCAGCCAUCUCGAUGAGAAAGAGGGACGGUACACAUUGGGGCCACUGUUGUGCGAGGGAGAUGAUCUCUUCAACGACGAGAUAACCUUCCGAAUAUCCGACGCCGUAGUGAUGUUGCCGGCGUUCGACUUCGGCCACAGUGGGGAUAUUUAUUUUGAGUUCAAGACCACGAAAGAGAAUGCCGUGCUGUUACAUGCCAAAGGUCCUCAAGACUACAUUAAAUUGUCGAUUAUCGGCGGAGAUCAACUGCAAUUCCAGUUCCAAGUGGGCGACACGCCGUUAGGUGUCUCCGUUGAAACGAGUUCACGCCUCGCCGACGACCACUGGCAUUCGGUAUCCAUCGAACGAAACAGAAAAGAAGCCCGCGUCGUAGUGGACGGAGCCCUGAAGAACGAGAUCCGCACGGCGAAGGAACCGGUGCGAGCUUUGCAUCUCACGACUUCCCUCGUACUCGGCGCGUCCAUAGAACGCAAGGACGGUUUCGUCGGCUGCAUGAGAGCCUUGCUGCUCAGUGGAAAGCCGGUCGACUUACGAUCUUACGCUAAAAGAGGUCUCUACGGGAUUUCGGAGGGGUGCGUCGGCAAGUGUUCGUCGUCGCCGUGCCUGAACAACGGAACGUGCCUCGAAAGAUACGACACCUACUCUUGCGAUUGCCGCUGGACGGCGUUCAAGGGGCCCAUCUGCGCAGACGAAAUCGGAGUGAACUUGCGUCCCAACUCGAUGGUCAAAUACGACUUCCUCGGCUCUUGGCGUUCCACCAUAAACGAGAAAAUCCGCGUCGGCUUCACGACCACCAACCCCAAAGGGUUCUUGCUGGGAUUCUACUCCAAUAUCUCCGGGGAGUACCUCACGCUUAUGGUGUCCAAUUCAGGUUCACUUCGCGUCGUAUUUGACUUCGGUUUCGAGCGCCAAGAGAUAAUAUUCCAGGGUAAACACUUCGGGUUGGGCCAGUACCACGACGUGCGAUUGUCCAGGAAGAACAGCGGCGCUACGAUGGUGCUGCAGGUGGAUAACUACGAGACUCAGGAAUACCACUUCAACAUCCGCGAAAGCGCAGAUGCGCAGUUCAAUAAUAUCCAGUACAUGUACAUCGGGCGGAACGAGAGCAUGAACGAGGGAUUCGUGGGUUGCGUGAGUCGAGUCGAGUUCGACGACAUCUACCCGCUCAAACUGCUCUUCCAACAAGACCCGCCGGCCAACGUCCGCACUAUCGGGGGUAUUCUUCACGAGGACUUUUGCGGCGUCGAGCCAGUGACUCAUCCGCCGGAACCCACAGAGACUCGCCCCCCACCGUUCGUCGACGUCACAUCCGACGAUCUGCAUCGCACUGACGAGGCCAUACUCGCGACCGUUUUGGCGUUCAUCUUCUUGCUGCUCAUCGCGGUGGCGAUCGUCUUAGUGCGCGCUCUGUCCAGGCACAAGGGAGAAUAUCUCACUCAGGAGGAGCGCGGCGCGGAAGGUGCCGCCGACCCCGAUUCCGCCGCGCUGGCCGCCGCCACUGGACCCAGGGUCACUAAGCGACGCGAGUUCUUUAUCUAG